AUGAUGAAGGUCUUUGAAAUAACUAACCUUGGUUUGAUGUCUUAUUUCCUAGGUAUAGAGAUCAAGCAGAAGGAGAAUGAAGUAUUCAUCUCUCAAAACAAAUAUGCAAAGGAAAUUCUCAAGAAGUUUCAAAUGGAAGAUUGCAAAGCUGUAAACACACCUAUGAAUCAAAAGGAGAAGCUAUGUAAAGAAGAUGGAAGUGGAAAGGUGGAUGAGGCAUUCUACAGAAUUUCAAUUUGCUGCUUAAUGUAUCUUACUACUACAAGGCCUGAUAUUUUGUACGCAGUAAGUGUUCUCUCUAGAUUCAUGCACUGUGCAAGUGAAUUGCAUUUGGAAAUAACUAAGAUAAUGGUUAGAUAUGUUAAAAGAACUAUCACUUAUGGAGCUUUUUUCCAGAAGAGUUCAAGAUUUCAAAUUAUUUGGAUUCUUUGGUAG